AUGGGUCAUUUUUCCAUUAUUUAUCCAUUAUCGGCUACAUGGGCAGUUCAAAGUAAUAAUUUGAUUGCAAAUAUUCUGACUUCUUUAGAAUAUUUACAGGAUAGUUCUAUUGGUAUCAAUGUUCAGCAUUGCCGAGAAAAAUUCAAGAAGAUAAAAAUGAGCGCCUCUACUAGCGAUCAAAUAGCAACUGACAUUGAUGAAGAAUGUGAAGAGUAUGAAAUAUCAAAUGAUAAUCUAUUCGAAAAAGUUUCGAUGAGUACUCAAACGGCUAAUAACAUUUCCACUGUUGCCACGCAAACUCCUUGGAUUGUUUACAUACAGAAAGAGCCAAACUCAUCAUAUGUUGCAGUGGACGCCGAUGGAGCAAACCUAUCAGAGGCUAAAAACUCAUUCAUAUUGAAUCAGAAUAACUAUCUUGAUAAAUUUAACCUAGAAAGUGAUCCUGCAUAUGUAUGUGAUGAAGAAUUAUAUGAUUUUUUAAAUAAAAUUAAAGGAUAA